UUUCUCCUGCUUCGCUCCGUUGUCCCGUCCUAUCCAUUGUAUGCCCAUCUCCUUCGAAUGCCCUCCUCCCUCCCCGGUCUCCGUUGCCCCGCGCCUCCAAAGAAACCCUAGCCUCUUCCAUCCAUGGCGUCCAUCAACCUCGGCUGGCUUGGCGACUGGUUCCCCCAACCCCCAAAACCCUCGAAACCCUCCAACUUCGCCUUCAUCGGCGGCCGAAACCUCUUCUUGCGGAAGCCCAAGAACCCCCAAAACUCUAGCUCCUCAGUCUCCUCCUCCGAUGCCUCCGAGGAGCCUCCGGGAAAGUACACCCGGAUGCUGGCGCAGUUCUUCUGGGAGUGCGAGCACCGCCCCGACUACCGCCACACGCCCGAGGUCGAGCGGAUUCUCGCCGAUGACCCCUUCUUCGAGAAGAAGGAAAACCCAACGCCCGAGGAGAUCGAGGAGAACGAGAGAUGGUGGGACGAGUUCAACAAGAAUCCCGUGGUCCAGUUCCUGAGGCGCGCCGAGCUCGUCGCCGACAAGAUUAAUGAGAUGGAGCUCAAGGAGAACGAGCACCCCUACCGGCGGGAGGACCGCGAGCUCUGGAAAAAGCUCCCCCAUGUGCCGGGGCUUGAUGGCCGGCCAAUGCCGAGGAAGUCGAUCAAGACGAGGAGGGAGUCUGACAACAAGUUCUGGGACUUUGCGAGGCAGUUCUUUUUUGGGCUUUGGGGGUUCAGGCAGCGGCCUUACCCUCCCGGCCGGCCGAUUGAUGUGGCCCAGGCAAUUGGGUAUAAGAGGCUGGAGAAGCGUUAUUAUGACUUUAUCAUGAGAAGUGGACCAAGUGGUGGCUGGUACUACAAGGAUCGUCUAGGACGUACAAGAGGACCAUGUCAGCUAAUAACUCUUAAAACUGCCUGGGCUGGUGGGAUAAUUGAUACACAUACAUUCAUUUGGGGUGAUGACAUGGAUGAGUGGGCACCCAUUGGAAUGAUUUAUGGCAUGGAGAAAGCAAUUGCCACUUGGGAAGUCAGACUAGGAGCUGCUGCAACAGCUUUUCUACACAAACUUCAGAAAGGCAUUCCUCCGUGGACUCCUCUCAAGGGAUUUGAGAAGAAGACCUAUAAGCAAUUACAAGAAGAAGCUAUUGAGAGCAAGAGACGCGACAUGGCUGUACUUGAAGCCAAUGGUGGCAUAUGGCCUGGUGCGAGAAUUCCUAGUCAUGCUCUAUUUCUUUGGGCAAGUGGCUCUGAACUCACUACAAUUUUAGAAAGAGAUCACAUGCCAAACAAAUACAUCCCCAAAGAGCUAAGGUACCGUCUUGCAGAAAUUAUCCCUGGUUUAAGGCCAUGGGAGGUUCUAAGCAUAGAACAAGCCAUGGAUCAAAUAACAUAUGAUGGGGAAUGGUACCGUGAACCUCUUGGUUCUUAUACAACAGGUCCUCCAUAUAUCAGGCAUUGGAACAAUGAUGUCAAGAGGAUGUUUAGAAUCUUUUACAAGCUGAGCUACAGAGUGUACAACAAGUUACAGCAGACCAUUCCUGGAUUUGAUAAAGUGAUGGAGAAAGUGCAUGCUGAUUCAGAUGCAAGGGAUGCACGGCGCAGGGAAAACCGGGCUGCACAGCUAAGGGCUGAGGCUGAGGCUGCCAUCUAUGGCCAGCGUGCGUCAUCUGAUCCACAGUAAAGUGGUACAUGUGCUGUAUUACUCUCUCCUAUCAAUUCCUCCGUACAGUCCUGGGUAAUUGGUUAUAACUGAAGACUUGUCUGAAGUUUUAGUGAUUACAUUCUAAUCCUAGCAUCAACAUUAUACAGGAAUUCACAGGCAAAUUUUGUGCAUCAGAUAUGGAUUUAUUUAUCUUGUUCAUAUUGAAAAAUAAUAUAUUUUCUGUGAACUUUUGAAAUUUCGUUAGGCAUGCUGUAGUGGGAUAUGUAUUUAGCUGAACAACAUUUUCUAUACUCCAAAACUUGUUCUAUUAGCGGCAAUCUCUUGUGGUUGUUUUCUUA